GAAAUCGCAGUCUGUGCAUGUUUCAUCAAUCCUACUUACUCACGAUUCACUUCUGCCUACGAGUCUACAAUCUCUCUCCUUUGCUUACCUACGAGUCCUUUUUGCUUACAGACACAUUUCUACUUUGGCAUCUUCCCUUCCGUCCUGCAUACUUGUAAAUUACUGCAAGACUCCAGAAUGCCCUAGGUAACUCAGUCUGCUUGCCUCACAACUCCGAGCGAUUCCGCCGUCCCAACCACCUCCAGCUUUUGCAACGCCUUUAUCAUUUGAGACUCUCUUUACCUCCCACAUAAUGACUGCCAACCAUGUCACUCUUCCAGACACUGAUGAAGAUUCGCCGCGGGCCGGCCUUCUCAGUCCCUGGCGACCGCCGCGAAGGUCUCUCUCUACUGGCAGAAGUUCACCCUUCGCCCCAAGCCGAUCGGCAGCCUGGCGAGAUGAGGCAGUGAGGAAUGCCGAACGGAUACAAAGACGAGUCGUAAAAGUAUGGAGCAAAAUGAGUGUGCUGCAGCGGGUGCUAGCAGUCGUUGGGCUGGUGAUUGUUAACGUGCUGCUCAUCCUUUUCCUGGUAUUCAAUGAACGAAUCUUUGGCCUGCUCGAGCCCCUUGCUGAACGCUGGAAACAUACAACUGGUGGCUGGACAAUCUUAUGGGCCAUCACAUUCUUAACUGCUUUCCCGCCUGUUAUUGGAUAUUCGACCUGUGGAACGACGGCUGGAUUUGUAUACGGAGUAUGGGAGGGAUGGUUGAUUUUGGCAUCUGCAACUGUAGCAGGAUCAUUUUGCUCAUUUCUCCUCUCGAGAACUGUCUUGCGAAAGUGGGUUGAGAGGAUGAUUGCAAACGACAAACGCUUUGCCGCCUUCACGCUCAUUCUCAAACACGACGGGCUCAAGCUUCUGUGCAUGAUUCGCUUAUGUCCUUUGCCCUACUCUUUGUCCAAUGGUGCGAUGUCGACAUUUCCGACUGUUCACCCUGCCAUGUAUGCGCUGGCCACGGCCAUCGUCUCUCCGAAAUUGCUGAUCCACGUUUUUAUUGGGAGCCGCUUAGCCGUCAUUGCGAGGACAAGGGAGAAGAUGACAAUGGGUGACAGACUGGUCAAUUACUCCGGGAUCGCCAUCGGUGCAACCGUUGGCAUUCUGACGGGACUGUACAUUUAUCGACAGACGAUGGCCCGGGCCAAGGAGCUAGAGGCUGAAGAAGCAAACAACGUCCGAGAUGCUGUUCGAAGGACUGGGCAUUUACCCCCUGAGUAUAACGACGAUCCGGAAGCCCAGGCGGCCGCGACUACUUUGGAACGAGACGAUGACGCCAUGGAUUUCUUUGAUGAGUCUCCUAACCAGCAAAGCGAGUAUCAUGAUGAACCUACCGAUGAUGAGGAUGUCUUUGGCCGUGGUGACGGAGACGAUGAAGAGGUCAUAGAUACCAUCAGCCUCCACACGCAGAAAGGAGUAAAUGACUGAAACGUUUGCUCUUGGAAUUGGGAAAGCAUAGAUGAGGCCACACAUGUAUAGAUUCAUUGAAAAGAUAGAGGUAUAGAAUUUCCUCUGAAGUCGUCUGUUCCAGCGG